GGGAGCCUGGGAGGACGACCUCCGCUGGCUUCCAAUGCAAACUGCAGGUCUGCAAUGCAUUCAGAGCCUCCCUCACACUGUAGCUUCGGAGGAUCAAUGAAAGUUGUGAGUUGUCACGCCGUUUCCACCAUUCUUCUUCUCUCUUUGUUUCUGGUUUAUCCUUCUUCUUCCUCAGCUUCUAGUACUAAUUCUAGUACUCUCACACAAGGCUCGUCACUCUCCGUGGAUAAACUCGAUCAUGUUCUCCUCUCGCCCAACGGCGUUUUCACCGCCGGCUUUUACUCCGUCGGCAACAACGCCUUCUGCUUCGCAAUUUGGUACACCAAAUCCGCCAAAACCUCCGUUUGGAUGGCUAACCGAGACUACCCGGUCAACGGCCGCCGCUCAAAGCUCUCUCUUUCAAAAAAAGGCAAUCUCAUCUUGUCCGACGCCGACCGGCGAACCGUUUGGACGACGGGCACGUUUUCUGCUUCCUCUGUACUGUUAAACCUCACCGACAGAGGCAAUCUCGUUGUCUCUACUUCCUCGAAGGUAAUACUCUGGCAAAGCUUUGAUAGGCCUACGGAUACCCUUCUUCCCGGUCAAUCACUGACCAAAGACACUGCUCUUGUCUCAGCCAGAAGCCAAAAAAACCACUCUUCUGGGUUUUAUAAGUUUUAUUUCGACAAUGACAACGUCAUUCGUCUUCUCUUUGACGGUCCUGAAUAUUCUAGUGUGUACUGGCCGGACCCUCGCUUGCUAACUUGGGAUGCUGGCAGGUCAACGUACAAUAGUAGUCGAAUUGCCGUUCUCGAUUCCUCUGGCCAUUUUAGGUCCUCUGACGAUCUGGAAUUUCGGUCAGCCGAUUAUGGGUCGGUACUCAGCCGGCGAUUGACCAUUGAUUUCGACGGCAAUGUCCGGUUGUACAGCCUGGACGAGGAGAGAUGGACUUGGGUUGUUUCGUGGCAAGCCUUGCCCCAGCCCUGUCAGCCUCAUGGUAUCUGCGGACCCAAUAGUAUCUGCACUUACGCUCCCGCUUCGGGUAGCAGCUGUUCUUGCAUUCCCGGAUUCAAGUUUAAGAAUUCCAGCGAUUGGUCACAUGGGUGCGAACCGCAAUUUAAUCUCUCCUGCCAUAAUCAUCCUAAUGUUAGUUUCCUGGAGCUCCCUCAUGUGAAAUUUUACGGCAAUGAUUAUAAAUAUUAUGGCAAUUACACGUUCGAGCAAUGCAAGAACAAAUGCAUAGAGUUGCAGUGUGACUGUAAGGCGUUCUUGGUUAAAUAUAGCAAGGGCAAGGGUUACUUUAAUUGCUACCCCAAAACCCUGUUGCUCAACGGAUAUCAUUCUCCGGAAUUUCGUGAAUUGGUGCACUUAAAACUUCCCGGAUCUGUAAGUAACGUCAGCGAAUACGAUAAACGGGUUCCCUUGAACUGUACCCCCGGGGCUCUUGUGCAGCUGGAUAGAACAUUCCAAAAGAAAGAUGAGAGCGGGGUGUUAAGGUUUUUGCUAUGUUUCGCUUGCACAAUUGGUGGUGUUGAGAUCACUUUUAUCUUCCUGGUGUGGUGUUUAUUGAUUGGAAGCCGGGAAAAUUCGGACAUAGCAGAACAAGGAUACCGCUUGGCUGCUGCGACUGUGUUCAAGAAAUUUACCUACGCCGAGCUAAAAAAGGCGACCCGGGGUUUCCGUGAGGAGAUUGGGAGGGGAGGAGCUGGGAUUGUGUAUAAAGGGGUGUUGUAUGAUCAUCGUAUAGCGGCGAUCAAAAGGCUCAAUGGAGCAAACCAGGGAGAAGCAGAAUUCUUCGCAGAAAUAAGCUCAAUAGGGAGGCUUAACCACAGGAACUUGAUAGAGUUGUGGGGGUAUUGCGCAGAGGGAAAGCACAGGCUUUUGGUGUAUGAGUACAUGGAACAUGGGUCCUUAGCAGAAAACUUGGCUUCCAACGCACUGGACUGGGAGAAGAGGUUUGAAAUCGCCGUUGGCACUGCCAAAGGCUUGGCUUAUCUGCACGAAGAGUGCUUGGAAUGGGUUUUACACUGCGACGUGAAACCUCAAAACAUACUCUUGGACUCUAAUUACCGACCAAAGGUUGCAGAUUUUGGCCUCUCUAAGCUUCUGAACAGAGGGGGCUUCGACGAUUCGGGCUUCUCGACGAUGCGAGGAACCAGAGGCUACAUGGCUCCAGAGUGGUUAUUGAAUCAGUCAAUCACCUCCAAAGUGGAUGUUUAUAGCUUCGGGAUUGUGAUGUUGGAGAUGGUAACAGGAAGGAACGCAGCUACAUCUGGGGUUCAGGGCAGUGGAAGGGAGAUGCAGAGCACAGGGUUGGUAACUUGGGUGAGGAAGAGGAUGAUAUCGAUGAAUGGAGCUGCUGAAACUGGGUCUGGGCUUGAAGGGAUCAGAGACCCCAUAAUUGCUAGCAAGCAUGACAGGGACAUGCAGGUGGAGAAGUUUGUUGCAGUGGCUUUGCAGUGCGUGGAGGAAGACAAGGAUGCCAGGCCUACCAUGAGCCAGGUUGUGGAGAUGCUUUUGCUCCACACAUGAUUUAGCAUCAUCUUUGUAGUUACUUCCACAAGGGGAUUCGCCGAUGAGUGAGACUCAUUCGUCGGUGAGUGGAGAUAUUGAAAGUCAGAAAAGUUCAGACAUUUGAGAUACUGAGAGCAGAAAUAUUCAAAAAUUCACCCCUCGUCAACGAAGAGAGUCUAUUUGUUGACGAAUGCUCUCGGGUUACGAGAAAGAAUUUAAAUUUUGAAUGUGAAUGUUGGGAUGGUUGGGUAUUUGGGGGGAAACCUCUAAGGGGUAAUUAAAUGUGUCAUUCUUGACAUAUUGUGAAGAAGAAGAUCAUUGUAAACCAUUUGUAUUGUGUACUUUCAUUUUACAUAGUGAAACCUUGGCCGGAUUA